UCAGACAACAACUAAAUAGAAAAAGAACAGUUUGGUUUUGAUUGAUUCACAAUGUCUUUGACGAACGAGCAGAUUUGGGCUCCCAGCCCCUCCACCACACGCGGUCAACCCACCCAGCUGUCCUCUGAUGCGAAAGGCGAAAAGCUGGCAUAUGCGUCAAACAAAUCCAUAUUCAUUCGCUCAAUUGACAACCCCGCAGUUGCCAGGCAAUAUACUGAACACAAAGCGCAAGCCACUGUCGCACGAUUCUCGCCAUCGGGCUUCUACGUUGCCAGUGGAGAUGCUGCAGGUACGGUAAAGGUUUGGGACUGUGUAGGAGAAGGUAUUACAAAGGGCGACUAUUCAAUUGUCAACGGUCGAAUCAACGACAUUGCAUGGGACGGCGAUUCUCAGCGCAUCAUCGCUGUAGGAGACGGAAAACAGAGAUACGGUCAUUGCUUCACCUGGGAUAGUGGGAAUAGUGUUGGCGAGAUAUAUGGCCAUACGCAGCCCAUCAAUUCCGUUUCCAUCAGACAGCAACGCCCUUUGAGAGCAGCCGCAGCCGGAGACGACAAGACCCUAGUCUUCUACCAUGGUGUGCCCUUUAAGUUUAAUACCGGAAUCAGGGAUAAACACACCAAUUAUAUAUAUGGGGUUGCCUUUAGCCCCGAUGGCUCUCAGCUAGUGAGUGUUGGUGGUGACCGUCGCAUAUGGUUAUACGACGGCAAGACUGGCGAGCCGAAAGCCUCAAUUGGGGAAGGAGAACACAAGGGCAGUAUCUUUGGCGUAUCAUGGUCCAAAGAUUCUCGAAAGUUUGCGACAGCCAGUGCUGACAGGACCGUUAAGCUGUGGGACGUUGAAGCUGGCAAGAUUACUCAGACUUGGGAUUUGAGCAGCGAAGGUGCUGUCAAUCCACUGGAUCAACAAGUUGGUGUUGUUAUUCCGCCAGGACGAAGUGAUGGUCUUGUUAUCAGUUUAUCCCUAAGCGGCAAUCUGAACUACCUGGUAGAGGGGUCUCCUCAACCCCGACAAGUCUUGAAAAGCCAUCAGAAGAACAUCACAGCACUUACACGGUUCAGCGCAGAUGACGGUAAAGAAACACUCUGGACUGGUAGCUUCGAGGGCCGAGUUUGCAGCUGGGAUGUGGCAACGGGGACUGCAGACACGGUUGAUGGAGACAAUCAUACAAACUACAUUGCCGGUUUGACCAGCACUCAAGAAGGCAAGGGCAGGAUCUACAGUGUCGGCUGGGACGACACUCUUAGAUCUGCAGACGUUGCGGCAAAAACAUAUACAGGAACCUCGACCAAAUUGUCCGCCCAGCCAAAGGGCGUUGCCACUGCCGGAAAGCUCGUCCUGGUUGCAAGCUCGGAGAGCAUUGAUAUCUACCAAGACAGCAACAAAUCCGGCACAUUCAAAGCGCGGGCUGAUGUGACCGCAGUCGCUGCUCACGAAAACACCGUUGCAUUUGGCAGCGAAGAUUUGAAAGUACACAUCGGAUCAGUCACAUCAUCGGCAAUCACACCAGAGGUAGAAAUCAAAGCGUCACGUAACCCAGUUUCAACCCUGUCGUUCUCCCCGGAUGGCAGUCUUUUGGCUGUCGGUGACUCUCGCGGCAAAAUUUCCGUAUUCAAGACGAAAGAUGGAAGCUUAGUCACUGACCGCUGGACCGCUCAUACUUCUCGCAUAACAUCUAUUGCAUGGAAUAGCACGGGAACCCAUGUUGUCAGUGGAGCACUCGAUACAAAUAUCUUUAUUUGGAGUCUGGCGAAGCCUGGAGACUGGAUUGAGGCCAAGAAUGCCCAUAAAGAAGGUGUAACUGGAGUCGCUUGGAUUGCAGAUGAGACCAAAAUCGCGUCAGCAGGAACUGAUGCUGCUAUCAAGAUUUGGAAGGCUGAAGGUCUGCCUUAG